GUCCCCAGUAGCUCUCCGCGAUGCCGCUCGGGAAAGGCUGGAAGAAAAAGGUCGAGGACAUCUCCGCCGUCUACGACGUCAAAGAGAAGCUGGGCGCAGGGGCUUUUUCCGAAGUGGUUCUGGCCCAGGAGCAUGGGUCCCAGCGCCUGGUGGCGCUAAAGUGUAUUCCUAAGAAAGCCCUGAGGGGCAAGGAAGCUGCAGUAGAAAAUGAAAUUGCAGUACUCAAAAAGAUUCAGCAUGAGAACAUCGUGGCUCUGGAGGACAUCUAUGAGAGCCCCACUCAUCUCUACCUGGCCAUGCAGCUCGUGACGGGCGGGGAGCUGUUCGACCGCAUCAUCGAGCGGGGCUACUACACGGAAAAGGAUGCCAGCCUCUUGGUCCGGCAGGUGUUGGAAGCGGUGAAUUACCUGCACAGCCUGGGUAUCGUCCAUCGAGAUCUCAAGCCCGAGAACCUUCUCUACGCCACUCCAUUUGAGGACGCCAAGAUCAUGAUUACGGACUUCGGGCUGUCAAAGAUUGAGGCCGAUGGAAUCAUGGCCACGGCGUGUGGCACCCCUGGCUACGUGGCCCCCGAGAUCCUGGAGCAGAAACCCUACGGAAAAGCCGUGGACUCCUGGGCCCUCGGGGUCAUCUCGUACAUCUUGCUUUGCGGUUACCCCCCCUUCUACGACGAGAACGACUCCGAGCUCUUCAACCAGAUUCUGAAAGCCGAAUACGAGUUUGACUCCCCGUACUGGGAUGACAUCUCCGAGUCGGCGAAAGAUUUCAUCCGGCAUCUUCUAGAACGGGACCCCGAGAAACGGUUCACCUGCGAACAGGCCCUCCAGCAUCCCUGGAUCUCUGGAGACACGGCCCUGGAAAAAGAUAUCCACGGCUCCGUGUGUGAGCAGAUUCAGAAGAACUUUGCUCGCAGUCAGUGGAAGCGAGCGUUCAACGCCACGUCUUUCCUGCGCCACAUCACCAAGCUGGGGCCGGGCGCGGAGGGCGAGGAAAUCGGAGAGGCAACGUCCGGGGGAGAGCAUGGGAAAUGGUGACCGGAGAGGUACCCGAAGAGCCUGGGCCGCUGCCCUUUUGCAUGAGCUACCCUCCUGCAUGCGGCUUCACAGCCACGACGCUGCGCCAGCCCCCUCGUCCAAGGAGGGGUGUCUCCUUUCAUUUCCUCCGCCUCCUUCUGGGGACAUCUCUGGCCCGAGAGGCUCA